CUAGAGUAUUCUCUCAGUUGGGUGAAUAGUAAGAUAGAAUAAACGGUAUUGAAAAAAAAAAACAUAAAGAAAGUAGAGCCAGCGGCACCAAGAGAGAAUCCGUUCUCAAAAACGGCGAAAACGAUGAGCCUGAAAUUUUUGGGUGGGUGGAUUGCAUCAAUUCAUGUUUUUAAUCCUGCUGAGUUGCCACUUUCAAUGACGGACACAUGCAUGCCACCAUCCACAGCAAAGUUUCGCCUUACAACCAUUUACAGUGCAUUACGAUUGCCAAACAAACAGGCGAGCGAACAAUGCCAGAAAGACUUGCGCACAGCACCUUUACCUGCCAUUGAUGCCAUAUUACGCCGACUUUUGGCUGCUGCGAAGCAUCCUACCGAUCAGUGGCCCAUGCAUCGUCUGUUACGUUGCCUUGACUAUAUAUUCGUCAAUCGCAUCAAAUCGCAAACACAGCCGAUAGGUCCCCUCUUGAAGCUAGCGUCAUUCAGAGGCUGUGUUCGUUUCAGCAUUCGACAACUCGAUCACGGCGAUACAACUUACGAACCUUCAGACGAUAAUAUACGAAAUGGCAUCCAGGCGGCAUCCAAGUUUUUGUACAACCUGUUGGAAUGCUUACACAAGAUAGAAGAUGCUGAAGAUACCACAGGGGUUCUAACAGAUAUUCGGCGACUGCGAGCGAUCAUGCAUCUUCUCCAUUGGACCAGCAGCAGCAUACGGCCCAUACGUCACUAUUGCUUACGCGCAUUAUCGGCCCACGCAAAUGAGUUCCCGGACGAGUUGAUUGAGCAAGAUGCUUUUUGGAUCCUUUCGCGCAUUCUCGGUGAAAUUCCUGACGAACUGGUGACUUUUUUUCAGCAGGGGGACGAAUCUCGAAAAUCGCUUCUUGAUGACCAUCUAAAAGCGAGUCGUUUGCUGGACUCGUUGACGAAACCGGGCGAAAAGAAAGCCGGGGAAAAAGUGCAUGGCAAGAUGCUUGCAUUUGCAGAAUCUGUAAGCUUUGUAGCUAUUGUUCGUGGAUGGGAAUCUUUGUGCACAUGCCAUCAACAGUUGGAGGAGAAGCUGCACGAUGAAGGACGUCUUAUUUGUAGUCUUACCAGCAUUAUCAGUAAAUACACAGCAUUGUCUCCCAAUGCAGCCUACCAUGUGGCGUCGAUCGAAUCACAAAGGAAGUGGAUGCAUGUCCUGGUUCUCGAGAUGCGAAAACUUGCUACUCAUUUAGCACAAACCCCAUUUAUGUACCUCCAUACAGAUACGGCGGAAAACCCUCCUCGACAAAUCCAGAUACCCAAACCUCCCACUGUGAGUGUCUAUCUCAUCAAGCGAUUAAUGCAAAUUGCGAUCAGCAUUGCCAAUGUCAUCCCGGAGAACAGCUCCUUUUUCGGGCAAAUGGUCAUUGAUAUCACGAAUUUACUGCAAGUCUUUGUCUGCCAGCCUAUGAGAUCCGAAUACAUACAAGACUUUGGAACAAUGGUGAUUCUUUCCAACGAUAUACGUGUAGACGCUGAAGCCCGUGGAUCAAAUGUCAACAAUGCAAUGCUGCAGCAGUAUGAGGGCUUGCUCAUUAUUUUGUUGGAGACGUUCAUUCAGUACGUUCAGCAUACGCCGUCGGAUCAUAUUGCGCACAUCGCCGGACCAGUAGCCUUUUGCCUGAAAUCCUUGCUCACCAUCUUAUGGGAUGAGGACAUUCUUGAUCAGUCCCCAUUACGCGGUCGUCUAGAAAGGUUAACGGUUUACUUUUUGCAUUACAACGAUGCCAUUGAUGUGCUUGCCACGGCCCAUGCAGGACUCAAUCCAUAUAUCUGGAAACCAACCAUUCAGCAUGCCAUCGCAGCCUUGGAAUUGGUGAAUACCAUUCAGUCAUCAAACGACAUCCCUCGAUCCUUCUCUAUUGUAUACAAAGCCAAACGAGCUCUGAUUGCUUUGGAGACAAUAUCACGGCACCCGCGCGCUUAUGAACGAAUCCUUGACGGAAAUGUUCUGAACAUUAUUGAUGUCGCCACGCCAAAAUCAAAAGUAAUGUUCGAGUCAACCGAUAUCUUCAAAAUGUUUGCGCUGUUUGUGCGCUUCAUCGCAUCUAUGGCAGAAAAAACAGCCGUUGUACGAACUCGAUUACGGACUGAACAUCCCAUCAUUCCCGUUGUUAUGCACUUGCUGUUGGAAGCUAUCAAUCAUCGAUCUGGCAUACGCGCCAAACAAAAGACGAGCGAUCAAACCGUAUGGGAUACUCUCAUUAUCUAUUCGUUUGAAAUCGUGCAUGUCUACAAGUAUGACACCCCGUCGCUUCAGCAAUGGAUAGUAUGGACCAACGACAAAAACGACUGCGAAGAUAUCAUUCCAUGGUUCCACCAUACUGUGGAGGAGGAUGAAAAGCAGUGUUCACCACUCGUUUCUGUAUUGCUAUCGGCUUUGUUUCCCUGGAUGCUCAUAUCCGAUGGGUCCGAUGCCGAUGUAAACUACUCCCAAAUACAAUCCUUCUGGAAGGAAGACUGCCGACUGAUGACGAUGGCAUCCACGGUGUUUGAAGACGUUUGCGGUAUUCCCGACUUUGGACAACAACUGAUGCAACGAAGAGCAUCCAUGCACUAUCUCGCAAAGUUGCUGUGUUACCUGUCAUGCGAAGAUCUAGAAACUGUUUACAUGGACAUUGACACGAAUAUCAGCGUCCCUGAGGCCGCUGAAGAAGCUAUCAAGGUGGACGAUGCAUGGCCCACCGACGAUUGUGAUGCAGCACCUGAUUCAGUGGACUCCAAUCCUGUUCCUCAUGCAUCGUCUCGUUACAAUGACGCCUCCAUAGACACUGAUUCACAUCUCAAGGCUGCCCACUCCAAACAAUGCUUUGGUGCUCUUUAUCGCGGCUUGAUUCGUAUGCUUGGCUGCAAGGAGAAUGUGAAAUACACAGUAUUGAAAGACGUAUUUACCAUACUUUUCAAGCCGCUGCUUGCUUACGACGAAAUGGAUGGAUCAAAAGUUCGCUUACGACAAGCGCUUGGCACGGAACUAUCGAGCAAGAACCUUCAGCGAUAUCAGCGAUUAUUUGAUUACACUGAAGACGACGAUGAUGCUAUCAGAUUGCACGAAUUAACGGCAGUGGCCAUCGGGUACGCCAACCUGUCGCCCACGACAUGGGAGUAUAAUCUUGGCGUUCGCGCCGCCGAAGGGAUUGUCUAUUCCAAAAGUGUAUUUGGCAUUUUGUGUCAUAUGCUCGUCUACGAUCUUGAAUACGCAUCGGACUUUCAGGUAUCAUCACAGCGAACGAUGACCACGGAAAACCCAACGUUGGCACCGCUUGGGCGUCGCCAUGCAGCUGCGCAAGUGAUAGAAGCCUUGGCCCAGACGCUCAAUCCUGGCGAGGAAUCUGAUUUAGCUGAAAUGAAUCGAGAUAUGGUGACUCUAAAGUGCAACUCGCCAACGAUUAUGGACGAUCGCCAUACGAACAACGACAUGACGGUGAGUUUUGUGACGCCCACAUCAACAGAGCCAAUAUAUGGACAACGCAGUGUUUUGGUACGACAAUCCGCCAUGUUCGAAGCACUCCUCAGCAACCAAUAUGCGGAAAAUACUGCAGAUUCGGUCAUGCUCCAAAAUGUACAACAUGACAGUUUGGUACAGUUUUUCCGCGUCGUUGAAGCGAUCGACAACCAACGAUCCAAACAUCUCGAUCUGACCCUGAUCUUUCCAAGGAGUAUCGGCUGGCGCGAUGUGAUUGAUUUGCUUCAGCUUUCGGAUCAAUAUGGGUCCGAUAAUGUUCGAUUGGCAUGCGAACAAUGGAUUUUCAACCAACUUCAGCAAAGCCCGCUGUGUUGUCACAGCAUGGAAGGCUCUCUCUUGCUCUAUCGCCGUUGUCGUAGCCCCAUGGACGCAGCAGGCGGUAUCCAUUCAGACACGUGGCCUUUCCGAUUGUUGCUUCGCGUAUGUCUUACAUUCAUCCUGUCACAUCUAUCAGCUGCAUGCAGUACGGACGAAUUUAAAGACAUGGUACAGACUCGAAAUAACGAUGAAUUGGAUACAUUUUGUGACGCCAUUGCUGCUAUCUUAAGCCAUCGUUCCGCUUCCGUUUCCUCUUCUUUUAGUUUAACCUCAGUAGCAUGACAACCCCAAUCUUGUAUAUCAUAGUCAUUAAUUAGUCAUAUUUUUCUAUAUCGAUAACUGGCGAGCAAGGCAUUGUUACAACUACAAUGCCCUGGCAAAAUUCCAAGUAAUCCCGAUAUUUUUUUGACUUCCUUAAUGUUUAUCUCCAUCUUUCAAUUCAUUUUUUUUUUUGUUUGAGAAAUGAAGAGAUGAUAAUAAAAUAAAUUGCAAGAAAACAAAAA